GCCUUUUGCGCUCUGCCAGUUGCUCAACACGGACAAGGCUUUCAGUUCGGGAUAGCUGUCAUCUGAGGCUACACCUUUCGAACGGAGCUGUGUUUGCGGUUCGUGAAAUAUUAUGACUGUUCACAUCCCUUCCUUGGAUUCAGAUCUAGCAUUCUCAUUUCUGUAGCCUACUUUGAGGAGCUUAUCGACGCUCCCUUCCUGGGUUUGGGAAUUUCCCUGUUUGGAUCGCGCUACCAUGUCUUUCCUGUACUGGAAUAUUUCCGUCGUCCUGUCGUUCUGUUGCGUUUGCAUGACAGCUGGAGAGGAAGCAGGUGAGCUACCUGCACCUGUGGAUGCAAAUAUACUGUGGGAAUCGCCGUUUUGCCCCACGAUCAACUGGACCAAGCCAAAUAUUUCGGAAAAGUGCGUGGUUAAUUAUACGAUCGAAGAAAAGCGGCCUGGGCAGCGCACUGAUCAGCAGCUGUCUCGACGAACCAGAAAUACCAACUACACGCUCCCGUGUAUGUCCCAGGAGGAGGACGUCACCUUCACCAUCACCACUGAUCCGGUCGACUGCCCCGGUCAUCGUUCCAAAAGCAAGCCUGUCUCACUGCAGGUCCAGAGUUCAGCAGAGGUGAAGGACUUCAGGCUUGUGUACUACACCCAUCAGACAGUCAACUGGACCUGGCACCCCUUGGACAACGUCACAAACCUCCAGAGCUACUACUGGUCUACUGAUCGGCCGCAGGGGGAGGUGGAGCGGUGUCCACAGGGCAUAUUCAGAGGCUUGCAGCUGAUUGGCUGCCACGUGAACAGCAACAAACUGAACUCCACGAUGUACGUGUAUAUCCUGGUCAACGGAACCCGGGGCAACGACAUCAUCAACAGCACCUUCAAGAGGGUGCUGAAGGACUGCUUCAAGCCCCCCCCUCCUGAGGUGUCCUUCAGACUGGAGGGAGCCAAUCAGCUGGAGCUCAGCUUUACCAAGCCGGACUUCCCAGCCAUCAAGGAUACCUGCUUCGACUACGAGCUCGACUACACAGAGUGUGGAAAGCAAAAGGGGCGGGUGAAGGUGGGCUCCAGCAGGUACAUGGUGCAGUACAGCAGCAGGUGCGGCUACUCUGUGGGGGUGCAGAGUGUGGUGAAGGCGUGGUGUGGAUCCGGGGGGAGCGAACCCAGCCAGAGACAGGAGUACGGGCCCGCCAGGGAGCUGUCCGUGGUUCUGGUGGUGGUGUGUGUGUGUGUGCUGCUCUGGAUAUGUGCACUGCUCUUCUUCUUCUACAAGUACAAGGAGAGGCUCCUGCCAAAGAUCCCAGAGCCUCAUCUGGACAGUUUCAAGGGACUGAUGGAGCGUCUUUAUGUGCCAACGCCCGAGAGGGUGGAGAUCAGCCUGGAAGUGUGUCCCAGCAACACAGAUGUGGACAACACACAACAGAUUUCAUGACACACACACACACACACACACACACACACACACACAACACAACACACAACAUAAUCAUGACACACACACACACACAA